UUUGCAGGAUCAUUUGCUGAUGAAGAUAUUGGAAGACAAAAGACAACAGUCUCCUCUGCUGUUGGAAAUGCAACUUCAAGUAAAGGAUUGGAAGUUGCUAUCUCAAACCUCCAGGAGUACUGCAAUGACUUGGAAAACAGACUAUUGUCUCGAUUUGAUGUGGCUACACAGAAGCGUGAUUUGUCUACAAUGAGUGAAUAUGGUAAAAUUUUGUCACAGUUUAACAGGGGUACCAGUGCCAUGCAACACUACGUGGGAUUACGUCCCAUGUUUGAUGUUGAGGUGAUGAAUGCGGAUGCUAAAUUGGUCCUUGGUGAUGAGGGUGCCCAACCCAGCCCUAGCAAUGUUGCUAAUGGCCUUUCUUCAAUGUUUAAAGAAAUUGCAGACACAGUGCGAAAAGAAGCAGCUACAAUAGCAGCAGUUUUCCCUUCCCCUAAAGAUGUAAUGUCGAUAUUAGUUCAGCGUGUCUUGGAGGAUCGUGUUCCAAAACUUCUAGAGAAGCUCCUACUUAAACCAUCUCUUGUUAACCCACCUCCCAUGGUAGAAGGCGGACUUGUAUUAUAUCUCAGAUUGCUGGCUGUCGCAUAUGAGAAGACACAAGAGUUUGAUAAGGACUUGCGCAGUGUCGGAUGUGGUGACUUGGAUGUUGAAGGUUUGACUGAAUCUUUGUUUCUACCACACAAAGAUAUAUACAUAGAGUGCGAGCAAGCCUCUCUUAAACAACUUUACAAAGUUAAGAUGGAUGAACUGCGUAGUGAAAGUCAGCUAUCCUCUGAGUCGUCUGGGACAAUUGGACGCUCAAAAGGUGCUUCAAUAGUACUUUCUAACCCGGAAAUUUCUGUCACUGUGGUAACAGAGUUUGUUCGUUGGAACGAAGAAGCAAUAUCCAGAUGCAGUUUGUUUUCAUUACAGCCUGCUGCACUUGCUGCUAGCGUUAAACCUAUUUUCACAUGCCUUCUGGACCAAGUCAGUCAAUACAUAAUAGGAGGUCUUGAAAGAGCCAGAGAAGGCCUUACAGAGGCUGCUACCUUAAGGGAAAAGCACUUGCUGGGAACUAGUGUUAGCCGAAGAGUUGCUGCAGCAGCUGCUUCUGCCGCAGAAAAUGCAGCUGCUGCUGGCGAAAGCAGUUUUAGAUCUUUCAUGGUAUCUGUGCAACGUUGUGGAAGCAGUGUGGCUAUUUUGCAGCAAUAUUUUGUGAACUCCAUAUCGCGGCUUUUACUUCCCGUGGAUGGUGCUCAUGCUGCUUCCAGUGAAGAAAUGGCAACAGCUAUGUCACGUGCAGAAAGUGUUGCUUGUAAGGGACUUCAACAGUGCAUUGAAACUGUCAUAGCUGAGGUAGAAAGGCUACUGUCAACUGAACAAAAGGCAACAGAUUAUCAAUCACCCGAUGAUGGCAUUAUCCCUGACCAUCGGCCAACAAGUGCUUGUGCAUGUGCCGUAGCAUACCUUUCCCGUGUGCUUGAGUCGGCAUUCACUGGACUGGAAGGGCUUAGCAAACAAGCCUUCCUGACUGAACUGGGGAAUCGCUUGCACAAGGGGUUGCUUAACCAUUGGCAGAAGUUCACUUUUAAUCCUAGUGGAGGAUUGCGUUUGAAGCGUGACAUAACAGAAUAUGGAGAGUUUGUUCGUAGUUUCAAUGCUCCUCAGGUUGAUGAGAAAUUUGAACAACUUGGAAUCAUAGCAAAUGUGUUUAUUGUUGCUCCUGAAAGUCUAGGCCCGUUGUUUGAAGGAACUCCAAGCAUUAAGAAAGAUGCUCAAAGGUUUAUUCAACUUCGUGAUGAUUACAAGAAUGCAAAACUUGCAUCAAAGCUCAGCUCCUUGUGGAAUUAGCUUAGUUGGAUCAGAAAUUACAUUCUGAAGAUAAGAAAGCUUAUUCUUCUGAUAGCCUAGAUAGAUAUGGCGAAUCUCUUCCAUCUCAUAUUGGAUCUUUUUAUUUCCGAGCUGGAAAAUAUGGUGAAGUUUUGUUAAUUUAAGGUAGUUCAUCCUAGUUCUAAGUCUUUUUUCGAGCUAACGUUGGGUUAUUCUUCACUCUCCCUUUGAUGGAUAUAUUUUUGAAACGUGCAAAAGUUUCUCUUGAUUUUUGCUA